AUGGCUAAUGUUGGUCGUACAUUAUCUUUAUUCCGUUUGAGUUCACGAGGUAGCAUUUAUGUACCUCGUUUCUAUGCUGGUUCGACUACAUCAGGAGCAUCUACAACUGGUGGUAGUACGGCAUCAAAACAAACGAGUUCAACAAUAGGAAGUAAAUCAACCAGUGGUAGUCCUCCAAGUGAUUUGCCAUCGAGUUCAAGAACUGGUGAUGGAACAAAUCCAAUAAAGCAAACAGAAACUACAAAAUCUGGUAGAGAUCAUGGAACAAUACCCGAUCCUUUGAAAGAUCGAACGACUGGUUCAAAAUCAACGAGUGGUCAAAGUCCUGAUGCCGCAACUGGAUCUUCAUUAACGCUAAAAUUACUCGGGGCUGCAGCUGUAGCUGCAGUGGCAUAUUUUGGUUAUACAAAAUUUAUGACUGAUCCAAAAGUAAAAGAGAAUCUCGAAUAUGCGAAGCAUAAAGCAAGUGAGAAAGUGGAUCAAGUACACGAUAAAGUUAAUCAAGCACAGGAUAAAGUUAAUCAAAAAAUAGAUCAGGCCAAGCAUGAAAUUGAAAAGCGUAAAUGA